AUUCGACAUGAACAGGACACCCAAAGAAAAAUUUGACCAAAAAUAAAGAACACCCAAAGAGUAUUAAAAAAAAAAAAAAAAAAUCGAAACUUUAGCUCCCAUUCUUUGAUUUUUUCUUUUCUAGUUUUUGCUUGUCGUUUUUCCUCCAUCUUUUUUCAGUGCUUGCUUCUAACUCAAUGUCAAAACGAAACCAUAAGGCCCUAACAGCCAUAAUACCUCAAAGAAGCUUCGAAUAGCGAGGGAGCACGAUUUUUCCAAAGUAGAACGACGAUGGAGACACACUACAGUCACAAUUUCUUCGAGAGGCGCCCCAUUAUCAAGUCCAAGACUCCCGCCGUUAAAUGGUACAGAGAAUGGGUUCCCCAAGACGUUGUAGCAACCGGUGGGAAGUGCCUUCUCUUGAAAUGGGUCACAGAGGAUGCAUUGAAGGCUUUGAAAGAGAAAGCAAAGGAGCCAGAGGCACCAGAGCCAGAACCAGAACCGACUACUGAAGUCCUUUUCCUAUGCAGCUAUGAAGGCUGUGGAAAGACAUUUAUUGAUGCUGGUGCUUUGAGGAAGCAUUCUCACAUCCAUGGGGAGAGACAGUAUGUCUGUCACUAUGAGGGAUGUGGAAAGAAAUUUUUGGAUAGUUCAAAGUUGAAGAGACACUUUCUUAUUCAUACAGGAGAAAGAGAUUUUGUAUGUCCUCAUGAAGGCUGUGGUAAGGCUUUCUCAUUGGAUUUCAACCUGAGGUCACACAUGAAAACACAUUCACAAGAGAAUUAUCAUAUUUGCCCAUACCCAGACUGUGGAAAGAGAUAUGCUCAUGAGUACAAGCUUAAAAACCAUAUUUCGUCUCACCAUGAAAAGAGUGCAGCAGUUGAUGUCCCAAAAUAUGCCCCACCUUCAGAGAAGCAAACUAAGACGACCAAGUCUCCUGCAACAGGGGUUUAUGGCUCUGCAUCUUCUGACCGCCCCUAUGCUUGCCCUUAUGAAGGAUGUGAAAAGGCUUACAUCCAUGAGUACAAGCUUAAACUACACUUGAGGAGAGAGCAUCCUGGCCAUAUGUCUGAUGAGAAUGCUGAGAAUAUCCAAACCAAUCCUGAUAAUGAGAUGGAUGAAGCCAGUGACCAGGAUGCCUAUGGUGGAAAACGUGUGAACGGGAAAAGUCAGAAACAGAUUAAGCCCAAACCAAAUCUAAAAAUGCCUCCUUCAAAAAUUGCACAGCGUAAAGGUUCAACACCGUCACCUGCUACAGUAAACGUAAUGAAAAAGCCUUGGCCAGUCAAAGAAGAAAUUUAUGAGGAAGAUAGUGAAGAAACAGAAGAGGAUCGUGACAAUGUUGAAGAUGGCUGGAGAUAUGCCGAAAACAACGAGGAGGAUGAUGAAGAAACAGAAUAUGAAGACUAAAUUUUUUCUAUAGCACUUUGCAUAUACAAUACUGUUUGCCUUUCAUUUCAUUUUAUUUUUUUGCCUUUUGAAUUAGCAAGUAUUAUCCAAGUAGUUAUGCGCUGUUUGCGUCAUAUAAAUAAAAGUUGGAAUAUUGGUAGUUUUAUUAUUAAAUGUUAUCAUACUAGCUCUUUCCCUGUUUGAA